CCUCCGCCAUUUUUGACUGUAAACAUCCUGUGGAUUUUAAAACGGUAGCGGUGAGCGGGAGGAAGGCGACUGGCGCCAUCUUUACUGUUUUAAUGAGUACAACAGGGGACCAUUCGCUGGGAGAAAUAACAUAAUUUGCAGGAUUUCACUCACCGGUGUACCGUCGGUGAGCCUACGCAAUUGUGAGUGUGUGAGGCAGUGGACCCAGGGCAAUGUUCUACGCCCACUUUGUCCUUAGCAAACGUGGGCCGCUGGCCAAGAUCUGGCUGGCGGCCCACUGGGACAAAAAGCUGACCAAGGCUCAUGUGUUUGAAUGCAACUUGGAGAGCAGUGUGGAGAGCAUCAUCUCACCUAAGGUGAAGAUGGCAUUGCGUACAUCAGGUCACCUGCUUCUUGGGGUGGUGAGAAUCUACCACAGGAAGGCCAAGUACCUGCUUGCUGAUUGUAAUGAAGCCUUUAUCAAAAUAAAGAUGGCAUUCAGACCAGGUGUGGUGGAUUUGCCCGAGGAAAACCGGGAGGCUGCAUAUAAUGCCAUCACCUUACCUGAGGAGUUUCAUGACUUUGAUCAGCCACUUCCUGAUUUGGAUGACAUUGAUGUGGCCCAGCAGUUCACCCUGAACCAGAGCAGAGUUGAGGAGAUUACUAUGAGGGAAGAUGUUGGCAAUCUCAGUCUUCUGCAAGACAAUGAUUUUGCUGAUUUUGGCAUGGACGAUCGGGAGAUGAUGCGUGAUGCCAGCACGUUUGAGGAGGAUAUCAUGCAUGGUGCCACAGCCUCUAACCUUUUGCUCGAGGCGGAGCCUGGUCCAGCUAAUUUGCCAGAUAAAUCCAACCACAUGGAGUAUGAUGACUUUGGUGAUGCCUCCAUGGGCAACAAUGACGGAGGGAUGUUAGUGGAUAAGCUACUUAGCUCUGAAGAUGGAGGUGGCAUUUUUGACGAUCCUCCCGCCAUCACUGCUAGCGUCAUGAUGCCACCAGAUCAUGGAGAUGAUGAGGACGAUUUUGACAACCUCCAGUCACCCGGUCCAGACAGUCCAGAUUCCGGCCCAGCAGAGCCACUGCCAGCCAUGGCUGACCAAACCGAACAGACCACUCUUGUUCAUAAUGAAGAGGAAGCGUUUGCACUGGAACCCAUCGACAUCACUGUGAAAGAGACCAAGGCCAAGCGUAAGAGGAAACUGAUUGUGGACAGCGUGAAGGAGUUGGACAGCAAAACAAUCAGGGCCCAACUAUCUGACUACUCGGACAUUGUCACCACCCUUGACCUUGCCCCACCCACGAAGAAGCUGAUGAUGUGGAAGGAAACUGGCGGAGUGGAGAAGCUCUUCUCUCUUCCUGCUCAGCCUCUCUGGAAUGCCAGGCUACUCAAGAUGUUCACACGCUGCUUGACACCUCUGGUGCCAGAUGAGCUGAGGAAGAGGAGAAAGGGUGGCGAAGCAGACAGUUUGGAUGAAUUCCUCAAAGAGCUUGAGAACCCGGAUGUGCCUAGAGAGGAAGUUAUGGGUCAGCACAGAGAUGUUAUCGAUCAGACUAUCAUUGAAGAGCCCAGCAUGCUGGCUGCUUCUGCAAUGGAAGGCAGCAGGACAACACUGGAUGAGACGGUCAUGCCUCCACCCUCCACCCCUCGUGGCGUCAAACGCAAGACCCUUGAAAAAGAGGGCACCCUGCCUAUGGCUGCUUUGGAACAACAACAACAACAGCAGCAGCAGCCACAACAGCUGGCAGACCCCUCGGUCUUGUCUCAGAGGCUAGACAUGUCGCAGGUCGACCUUCCCCCGGAGGAGACUACGGUCAACUUAACACAGCUUGUUCCUGAACUGGACCUCAUUGGAGAGAAAAGCAAAGACAAGAAGGAUGAGAGCGACGAAGAAGAGGAUGAAGAAGGCCAGGCUGGAGACCAGGAUCAGGAAGAGAAGCGAUGGAACAAGCGAACCCAACAGAUGCUCCAUGGGCUCCAGCGCGUCAUGGCAAAGACCGGAGCAGACUCAGUCAGCCUACUUGACUUGUGCCGGAACAACAACAAGAAGCAGGCGGCUGCGAAGUUUUAUAGCUUCCUGGUCCUCAAAAAGCAGCAAGCUAUCGAAGUCACCCAGACAGAGCCUUACAGCGACAUCAUUGCCACUCCUGGACCACGAUUCCACCUUAUUUAGACAUUGGAAGAGGAAAACAAAACUGCUUGCCAAAGGCAUCAUGUUUUUUUUCAAUGCUUGUCUUUUUUUCCUUUUUUUUUUUCCAACUAUUUUUCCCAGAAGAAAACGAACGAAUUAAUCAUUCAUUUUCUGUUCAGUUAACCGGUCUUACCCAUCCACAAAUCUUGAGACAGUACCCCCUUAACUCUGGAAAUAUAACAACUUUUUGACAUGAGAACCUAUUCUCUCCACAUGUGAAAUACUGCAUCAGCUGUGUAAAUAUGAUGGAAAGGUACUGUUUUCUUCCUCAAAUAUGUAACCUCAACCUCCCGUUGCACUUGUUCCCCUCCAUAAACACAACUAAAUUGGUUGAAAAUGUUCUUCCCUGCAGCUAAAAAACAUUUUUCAGUUGUAUAAUUCAGGCAGUUUGUCUUUUUUUUUUUUUUUUUGUAUUUUAUAUUUACGCUUGUACACCUUUUUUGCAUUAUGUACUUAGAAACGUACUUGUUACCGAUGCAUACAGUGUCCGAACUUUUUAGUCUUUGGGUAAUCUCUAGUGACACAUACAUCUGUUAAAGUUGGAAAUAAAAGUGUUUUACGUA